AUGAGCCAUGUUGAUCCGUUGAAUGCACUUAGGAGUGCUACAAUUAAAAAAGAGAAGAUUUCGUUCAUUAUUGUGGAUGGAAGUGAAGAAAAAGAUACUGAACUGAUAAAAGAUGCUACGGACGUAAAGUUCGGAGAAGAGACAGAGAAGUACCCUUUAGACGAAGUAACCAAGUUUUAUAAUGAAGAUAAGCCCCAGACACUCAGAGCGGUUGUAUUCUGUUGGUUACAUGAAAAAUCAUCUAUCGUUGACUACAAAAAUGAAUGUUUAGAGCUAGGUAUUCCAGAUUUUAAGUUCUUGGUGAAAACUGAGCUUACUACCUGGCUUAAUGGAAAUUCUGAUACGUGUGCAUUUGUGAAGGAUGAUGUUAAUGAGGCGAAAGAGGUCCAAGUUUCAGAGGAUUUAGCGGAUUCAACAUCCCAAAAUGGUACCUCAGUUUCAAAGAAACGAAAGUUGACAGAUCCCCAGUUAGAAAGAAUACAUGCUUUUGAGAGAGAAUGCGUUGACCACAAUGCUGUUUUGAGGGGAUCUAAGAACAUUGAUUUCGGAUACCUCAUAUCAGACGCAAAGAGAUUUAUCAGCCAAUUGAAGAAAUCCAAACCGUCAUCAUCAAGUCAUCAAAAGCAGGCGAAAACAGCGCCCAAAAAACAGCCUAUUAUUAUCAUUUCCCCAGCAUCGACAGCCUUAAUAUCUUUAAGUAACAUUAAAGAGUUCCUUGAAGACGGGAAAUUUGUCCCUCCCUCUAGAAAGACAAGUGGCAUUGUUACAAUCAAUCACAAAUCGGAUAGGUUGGUGUCUGCCGCUCAGAGAAUAAUGGUAGUUGAUAAUACUGACAUGUUUACAAAACCUGAAUACUGGGAUAGAGUAAUAGCCAUCUUCACUACAGGUCAAUCAUGGCAAUUUUCCAAGUAUAAAUAUUCACGUCCAGAAUUGUUGUUUCAAAGAUACACAGGUUACUAUGUGAGCUACACUGGUGAUGUGACCCCAAAGCAAAUCCGUGAUUGGAACGUAAGGGAAAUAAAAGUGGACAGGGGCGAGAAGAGAUUCAGAGAUAAAAUGAUAGUGAAAGAUUUUUGGGCUGAAAUUGAAAAAAUACUUAUCAGCAAAGGCCACGGUAGACAAUAA